CUGCAAUCAUGGAGAAGGGCUCUUUUUCCAGCAGUCAGCAGGAGCUAUGCACACAUGUUGAGCUAGGGAAAAAGAAAAAUGCUGGAUACUGUAGUUACCAUUGUGUUGCCCUAAUUCUAGGCUUAUUUUUCCUCAUGCUGGCCCUUUGCGUUUUUAGCCUGAGGUACAUUUGGAGUGCAAACCCUGAAAAGAUCUACAAUUAUGAGUACAAAGCAUUGCUGGAUGGUGUGGAGACCGAGAGCAUGAUGGAGAUCAAUUCUGCUAAACAACUGGAAAUCUUCAGAGUGGGCAAUGGCAGUGAAGAGGUCAUGGAGGUACAUGAUUUUCAAAAUGGACUGAUGGGUAUCCGUUUUGCCAAACAUCAAAGAUGCUAUAUGAGGACUCAGACCAGGGAAUUGCCCAAACUGACUGAAGUGGACCUGAAGAGUGAGUUUAAGGGUGGUGAGCCAGGAGAGGUGAAUAUGCAGGUGGUGGACUCUUAUGUGUGGAUACCUGCUAAGCAGCCUAUCAAUAACAGAGAAUUUUUGCAAAACUCCAAGAUCUGGGAAAUCUGCCAAGAGCUACCCAUCCACUGGAUGCACCUGUCUCCUUAUAGAGAUGCAACAUUCAGUGAUGUCAACAAGGUGGAAAUGCAAGGCCCUGUAGAAGCACAGGCUCAUGCAGUACGCCAUGUCAGGGACAUCAUGGAUGAAUUGCCAGUAAACGACUAUAGUGAAAUUGGUCUUCAGUUGGACAGCAGCCUAGAGGAACAGGGCUACUGCUGUCAGGACUGCCGGCGAGGGUAUCGCUACUGUCGCCGCUACUAUGAGCCACUGGGUGGCUACUGGCCAUACCCUUACUUUUACAGAGGAGGCAGGGCCAUCUGUCAAAUUGUCAUGCCAUGUAACUGGUGGAUUGCACGGAUGCUGGGCAGAGUGUAAGAGAGCAAGGUACCACAUAAAUAUAGUGCUGUGUUGCUUGAAGAUAAACAUAGAACUCCACUGUGUGUCUAUUCUAUCUAAUUUUCUAAUCAUUAUUCUCAAUAUUUAUAUUCAAUCUUUGCAUUAAGUAAUCAUAUUAAUAUUGCUAAUGCAUGAUUUUGGUGAAAUAUAUUGUGUUAAUGCAACAACCAUAUAAAAAUCUGUGUUCCUGUGAGGAAUUUAAUCUUAAUGGCUCUUUAUUGAGAAAUCAAUCAUAAGUGUCAAUAGGUGCAUCUUCUGCAUGGCUUCCACUUUGUCUUAAACGGCCCUGUUUGGUUUAUCUCCUAGUCAAUAGUAGAUGAAAGGCAUUGUAUAAGCUUGCAUAGACUGUAUUGAUUUACCUAUAAUUGCAGUAGAUUUUAUUAAACUCAAUCAAGGCAAAACUUGCACAGA